AUGAAUAUAACUGCCAAUCAAUUACACAUGCUACCAUUACCUAUAUUAAGGACAGGUUCCUCUCUUGAUUCCUCAAAUUCAUCCUCCUCUGUUAGCAGUAUUUCACCUAAUGAUGUUUCUCCUAUAUCAAAUAUUCAUCAUCAAAUUCCAGAAGGAGUUUAUUUUAAUCAACAUGUUCAUUCAUCACAAACACUUCUUCAAUUAAGAGAUCUCCAUUCUUCUACAACAGAUCUUUGUUUAUCUUCAAUAAAUAGUAAUAUUACAAAUAAUAAUAGAAUUAAUUGUAAUAAUAAUAAUAAUUCUAUUUCAUCAAAUAAUUGUAUGGUUUGUGGUGAUAAAAGUGCUGGUAAACAUUAUGGUGUUAUAGCUUGUUAUGGAUGCAAAGGAUUUUUUAGGAGAACAAUUAGAUCCAACCAAAGAUAUUCUUGCAGAUUUAACCAAAAAUGCAAUAUUGAUAAAGAUCAGCGAAAUGCUUGUCGUUUUUGUAGAUUUCAACGAUGUUUAGCAGUUGGUAUGGAACCUGAUGCCAUUCGCCCUGACAGAGAUAUUAUUGGUAAACAAAAAAAUCCUAGAAAAAGAAGAAAUAAAAAAAAUGGAGAUGAUACAGAAUUGUCAUCUCCAGAUAAUACACAACAAGAUGACAAUUAUGAUGACACUUGUAUGAUUGAAUUUUUAAAAAAUAUUGAAAUUAAUACAUCUUCUGGUAAAGAAAGUUAUUCACCACAAACAAGUACUAUUAAAAAAGAACCUGAUGUAGAUAUAAUUGAAUUAUUUAAUUGUCCUUAUAUAUUACAAGAUUAUAGAAUUCAAACAACUUUUGGUUUUGGAAGAACAGCUUCAGUAAUUAAUUUAAGUUCAGCAUUAAGAAGAAAUGUUGUAUUGGCAAUUGACUGGAUUAAUUCAAUUUUUGCAAUGAAUUCUUUAAAAAAUUCAAAAGACAAAGUAUCUCUUCUUAAAAGCUCUUUUGCUGCUUUUAAUAGUUUUUAUGUUGCAUCAAAAACAGCAAUACUUUUACAUGAAAAUAAAAUAAGAACUGUUGAAAAUUUAUAUUUAAGUGAAGGUAGUGUAAUACCAAUUGAAGUACCACAAUAUCUUCUUGAUUCACAUCUUUUAACAAAAGAUUUAAUUGAAAGAACAAUCCAACAAAUAGCAAUACCACUUCAUGAAAUGGAAAUAACUCAUGAAGAAAGUUUUAUUAUGUUAGGAGUUGUUAUUGCUGAAAAUGCUCCUGUACAUUUUUCUUCAGAUUCUAUUUUUAGAUUUAAAAUUUUUCAUUCAAAAGUUUUAAAUGCAUUAUAUUAUAGUAUAAAAACAAAUUUUGGUCAUAAAGGUUCUAAAUUUGUAGCUAAAAGAUAUGGAGAUUUUAUAAGACUUUUAAAUUCUUUAUCUAAAAUAUCAAAUAUGUUUCAAGAUAAUGUACAAUUUUUAAAAAUGUUUGGAAAUGAAGUUUAUGAUCCAAUAUUAAAUAUUUUUUUUAAUGCUUUUUCAAAUAAUCAAAUUUUUAAUGAAGUAACUGAAGAUAAUAAAAAAUCUUCAAAUAAAGUAUCUAUUGGUAUUCAAACAUCUCCUACUACUUGUUUAGAUAUUGGAAAUUCUUUUAUAACAUCUUCAACACAAAUAAGUCCUCAUACAUCACCAACCUCAUUUUCUUCCAAUAAUCAUUAUUUUACCCAACCACAAACUAAUAUAUUUAAUCAAAUUGCUAAUCAUCAAUCAUCUUUCCCUACAAAUAAUGGACCAUUUAUGUUUGAUAAUAGAAUUUCAAAUCCAGGUAUUACUACAAAUUCAAUUGUUAAUAGUUUCUCAAAUGGUUAUUUCCAUUAA